AUGUCGACAGUUAUCCCUAUCUUAAAAAAGGGUACACGGACGCUAUGCGAAAACCACCGUGGCAUCAGCCUGUUAGCUGUGGAAUCGAAGGUGCUCUCUGGUCUUAUCCUUCGAAGGUUGACUGAACACAGGGAGAGGCAGAUCCGUGAAAACCAAGCUGGGUUCCGUCCUGCAAGAGGUUGCAUCGACCAUAUCUUCACCCUCCAACAGAUUCUGGAACAGCGACACUGCUUCCAGCAACCAACAAUGGUUGUUUUUCUUGAUCUGAAAGCUGCCUUUGACUCUGUGGACCGCCAAGCACUAUGGCAUUGUCUGUGGAGCAAAGGUGUCCCUCAUAAAUUCUUGAACCUCAUUAAGGCGCUGUACGCCAACUCCCGCGGCCGUUUAAAGGUCUACGGGAAGCUUUCUCCUGAGUUCAUCACAUCCAGUGGUGUCCGACAGGGCUGUCCUCUUUCCCCUUUCCUCUUCAACUUCGUCAUCGAUACGAUCAUGGAAGACGCACUACCAGCCUCUAGUGCCUGUGGGGUCGAAGUUGAAAACGGACCUGUCACGGUCGAUGUUCACAUCACGGGCCUCACACCCGGCAAACAUGGUUUUCACGUCCAUGUGUUUGGCGACACGACAAAUGGUUGUGUGUCUGCCGGACCCCACUUCAACCCGACCGGAGUAGACCAUGGUGCACCGGAGGAUCCGGUUCGUCAUGUCGGCGAUCUUGGUAAUGUCGAAGCCAAUGCCCAAGGUGUUGCCCAACACGUAUUCACCGACAAAGUCAUUUCUCUCAGCGGCCCCAACUCCAUAGUUGGUCGGACGAUGGUUGUACACGAAGGGGAGGAUGAUCUUGGACGAGGAGGUCACGAAUUCAGCAAAACCACUGGGAACGCCGGUGGACGUCUGGCCUGUGGUGUCAUCGGAAUAGCGCAGUAGUCUUCGUAAAUGCGUUAUCAUACUUCUACGGCAAUCACGUUCCCUGUCAUUUCCCACUUUUGAUUAUGGCUGAGAGCUCUGCACUGAGGCUGGCGACUUUCGGCAUCACUUUUGUGCUCGUCCAUUCCUUUCCAGGCAAAUAUUAGUAGAUUUAAAGUGCAU